AAGAUUAUAAUAUUGUAAAUUUUUAACAAAUACUCAUUAAAUAGCAAUCAUAUUACUAUCGCGUCACAGUUCGUAUAUAGAUAUCGAUCGUUUUUAAGAGCAUCGAGAAACAUUACGUUACCAUGGAAACCAUACAUCUGUAUGAUAUGCUAGUAUUGCUAGUAAACGUGCAGCAAUUUUCCUUCUCCUUUCCGUUCCUUUAUUACAGGAUCGUUUUAGUUGACAAUUGUAAAAACAUUACUCGUGAAUGAGUAUCGAUAAUUGUGGACUCGUACGUGUACAGUGGCCCGCAACGGUUCCGAUAAAUGGCGAGAAACGGCAGUGUUGAUAUUGGAAGUGUUUUUGACGAAUACCUGCAAAAAGAACAGCAAUUUGAACAAGAAAUAGAAGAACGCAAUAAAUUACGUCGCGAGAUUCGCAGUAGGAACAUUUCUAAGGCUUCUGACUCAUCACCGACCAAUUUGCCUUUAAAUUUGGAAAAAUCUCGCAUUCGCAAUCAGGCUCUUCUAAAGGAUUUGGAGAUGUCUAGAGCACGUCUGAGAACUUACGCUUCUUACACGCCUACCGAUGCGGAAUUGCAGCAGAUUUCGUCGGCCUAUCGAAGUCAUCUUCGGAAAAAUAUCCAGGACACGGAACCACGAUAAACUCAUUUCCUCGUAGUCGG